CUCGGCUGUCCAAUUUUCCUUCAACAAGCUUUGGUGGAAUCCUUCCCUUUUUUUUUCAAAAAACUUCAGCCAUGUUGGUCCUCUAUGAAACUGCCGCCGGUUAUGCUCUAUUCAAGCUUGUCGACGACAAGAAGAUUGAACACCCUGAAAACAUCUGGAAAGACUUUGAAACUCCCGAUCAGGCCAACAAUACUCUUAAGCUGAAGGCUUUCUCCAAAUUUGAAAACACCACCGAUGCUUUGUCUGCCGUCACCGGUAUUGUCGAGGGCAAAAUCCCCAAGAACUUGAAGAAGUUCUUGUCCAGCGAGAUUUCCGAAAAGGAAAUGAAGAAAGAGAAGCUUAUUGUCAGCGACGCCAAGCUUGGCAGCGCAUUGAACAAAAAGCUGGGCAUCAGCGUCUUGUCCGACUCGACAGUUCUGGACCUUUACCGUGGUAUUCGCGAACAAUUCGAAUCGCUCGUUUCCGGUCUUUCGCACUCUGAUUUGAACGCCAUGUCGCUCGGUCUUUCUCACUCGCUUUCGCGUUAUAAACUCAAGUUCAGCCCUGACAAGGUCGACACCAUGAUUGUCCAGGCUAUCGGCCUUUUGGAUGAUCUUGACAAGGAAUUGAACACAUAUGCCAUGCGCGUUAAGGAAUGGUACGGCUGGCACUUCCCUGAAAUGGGCAAGAUCAUCGUCGACAACCUUGCCUAUGCCAAGGUUGUCAAGACCGUUGGCUUCCGCACCAACGCCCAAUCUACUGAUUUGUCUGCCAUUUUGCCUGAAGAAUUGGAGGGUGAAGUUAAGGACGCCGCAGAAAUUUCCAUGGGUACCGAGAUUUCGGAUGAGGAUCUCGAAAACAUCCACAGCUUGUGUGACCAGGUCAUCAACAUUUCCGAAUACAGAGCUCAGUUGUACGAAUAUCUCAAGAACCGUAUGAAUGCCAUUGCACCCAACUUAACCUCGCUUGUCGGUGAACUCGUCGGUGCCCGUCUUAUUGCACACGCAGGUUCUCUCAUGAACCUUGCCAAGCAGCCCGCUUCCACCAUCCAGAUUUUGGGUGCCGAAAAGGCACUCUUCCGCGCUCUCAAGACCAAGCACAACACACCCAAGUACGGUUUGAUCUACCACGCAUCACUUGUCGGUCAGGCCGGUCCCAAAUCGAAGGCCAAGGUUGCAAGAAUGCUGGCCACCAAGACUGCCAUUGCUCUGAGAGUGGAUGCCUUGGGCGAGACGGAAACCGCAGAUGUUGGUAUUGAAGGUCGCACAAAGGUCGAAGCACGAAUCCGCAUGUUGGAGAGCGGCAACAACGCACGAGCCAACCGUGAUCGAUCAUCCACGAAGCAACAAAAGUUCAAGUUCAACAAACCCGCACAAUACAACACGCAAUCCGACGCAGUCAUGACCGAAGCAUCGGCCGAAUCCACGCCCGCACGAGAAGAACCCGCAUCCCCCGAAGCACCCUCGUCUAAGCGAAAAUUAGAAGACAGCGAAGAACCCGAAUCCGAGCCCAAGAAGGCAAAGAAGGAGAAGAAGGACAAAAAGGACAAGAAGGAGAAGAAGGAGAAGAAGGAAAAGAAGAAGAAGAGCAAGGAGGAUUAAAUUCUUUGCAUGACCUCUCAUCAUUUUAUCU